UGCUGCUCGUAUUCCGCUCUUGCCCACUGCGGCCACUGGUGGUUUCCUGAGGCAGCACAACUCUGGUCCUUUCGCUUUCCAUUCCACUGUAGCUGUUUAUUGAAGUGCUUGCCAUCGAGACAUGUGGAGCCAGAUCGUUCUCGUUGCCGGCGCCUUUGGUCUCGGAUACUACUUUGCCACCCGUGGCCAACCGGGCAAUGCAAAAAAGCAGACUGCGCCAGCUGCUGACGUAGAAACCAUGGCAGGCACAUUCCCUGAGGGUAGUGCCACGCACGUAGAAUCCGACCCGCAGCAAAAAGCAGCAGCACGCAAGAGCAGCACCGGCAAGAAACCGUCGAAGAAGGGAUCGAGGCCAAAAAAGCCCAGCAAGAAGGCUGCAAAGACGACUGACGAGGCUGCUACCCCUGCUGACGACGCUACAAAAACCACUGCCGCGCCAAGAACUCUCGAAACGAAAAAGCCCGUCGUUGUUGCGCAGCCCCUUGCUGCUGACCAGUCACGUAGCGCCAGCGAGCCCGGAUCAGACGAGGAGCCAGAGCCACAGCCCGCUGUGGAGGAGGACGUGUGGGAGACAGUUGGGACCGAAGGCUACCGCCCUGAAAAAACCGCAUCCAAGCACAUUCCGGUACACGAGUCAGCAUGGGGUAAGCUGGAGCCGGACAAGGAUCUGGGCAAGGAGCCCGAAGCAAAACCUGCUGCCCGAGUCCUGCGCAUUGGCGCAGCAGCCCAUCCAGGACCUGCGUCUUCACCACGGCGCACUGCACGUAGCUACGAGUACGAGGAGGCGCUGACGAAGAAACAGCGCCAGAACAUGCGUAAGGAGGAACGCAAGCGUGCAGAAAAGGCCUAUGUGGCCGAGCUGCAGGCACAGCGGCUGCGCCAGCACCAGCGCGGGCUGGUCGAGGUUCGGUCGCGCGAGCAAUGGGAGAAAGCAAAGCGCAAGACAGCAAACACCCCCAAGCCUGCUAGUGCAGGAACGAGCAAGGUGAAUGGCAAGGCUUCAGUGUUUGAGGACAAGCUCAUCUGGGAUUAGGAACUUGGGCUGGACCGCGCAAACUGUGGAUUCCCUCGAAUCGUGGAUGCGACAAGGUGUAUUUCUGUCGCUUAGUACC